CGUCAUUAAAGCGUUUGGAAAAAAACGCAGCAUCGUAUUUUUUCCGAAAGUUUGACUAUUUAUAUUAUCUAGAUCGUUGUCUUAUUUUUAGAGAAAUUUGAAUUUAUUUUUAGUUCAGCUAAAACAUCUUUAAUUGUGUGCAUUAAAGAAUCUUUGUGUAAGAAUUUUGAGUGAAAAAAUUUCGAUAAAAAUUCGUUCAUUGUUUACUUUGGUUUGAAUUCGAAAAAAACGUUUUUUUAACGACAUCCAACGAACAAAAACUAUUGGCACUUUUUCCAGCUACUCAUAUCUGCCUUUGUCAACAACCUCAUCGAACGUGUGAUAAAAACAUUAAAAAAUGGCGAUCGAUUAUUAUGAAAUUCUGCAAGUAACCCACACUGCAUCACCAGAUGAAAUUAAAAAAGCUUAUCGCAAAUUGGCAUUAAAAUGGCAUCCGGAUAAAAAUCCAAAUAAUAAAGAUGAAGCAGAAAAACAAUUUAAACAAAUUUCACAAGCAUAUGAAAUUUUGUCUGAUGAUAAAAAACGUCGUCAAUACGAUAGAUAUGGUUCGGUCGAUGAUCAGCAAGAUUUUUUUGGUGCAAACAACAAUCACAAUCCAUUCGCGUCUAUGUUCUCAUUUAGAGAUCCACGUGAUAUAUUCCAAGAAUUUUUCCGUGGUGAUCCAUUUGCCGAUUUCCAACCAUUUGGAGUUGGCGGUUUUACUCAAUUCAAUCAAAAUGGCUUCGGUUUUGGCAAUUUGCAACCAUUUGUUGAUUCUUUUGGUUUUAAUAAUACCCAUAGCUCUUUCACGACAUUCGCAUCUGAUGAUUCAUUCACUAAUAUGAAUGGAAAUGGUAUGCGCUCAAAUGUCAAACGCACUACAACAACGACGACUAAAUAUGUGAAUGGUAAUAAAAUUGAAACCAGAAAGGUGUUAGAAAAUGGCAAAGAAACUGUCACUGUCCAUGAGAAUGGUAUUCUCAAGUCAAAAGUCAUCAAAGAUGCACCCCAAACUAAUCUCACCAAACAAUCUAUAAAAUUCUAAUCAAAACCAAACACUUUAAUCUGAUAAUUCAUAAUUCACAAACACAAAAUUAGUUAUUGUUAACAUUCACAAAUACAUAAAUA